CCUGGUGUGCUGCAGUCCAUAGGGUUGCAAAGAGUCAGACAUGAAUGAGUGACUGAACCCUGUCUUCUCUCAGCUUCAAGAAUGGCCUUGGAAAAAGAAUAGCCUUGGAUAGACUGAAAUUUUAUGCCAAAUUUCAGAAUUUUAGAUACAAGAAGUGAAUAGUGAUAAAUGGUAAGAGGAAGUCUGGAGGGUGAGCUGUGUGAUUUGAUGCAUCCUCUGCCCCUUCUAAAUCUAUGAACACUUAGUCUUUACUUUCCUUGUAGCAAUGUGACUGCUGAGUGAUCAAGAAGGGUGAAGAUUUCAAAACCCUUUUCAUUUUUAGAUUUUGUCUGAUUUUCAGUAAAACGUUUGUCUCAUAUUUUCCCUAAUAUUAGCUACUAGUUAAAUGGCCAUCAUAGUUGUAAAAAGAAAAAAUAAUUUCUUCAAUAUCCCAUUUCCACCCAUAUUCCACCUAAAUAUAGGGAAAUAUCCCAUUUCUCUCUUUUCCAUAACAGAGAAAAGGUGAAAAGAUGUGAGGGAGAGAGCAUGUCAGUGCAGUUUGUUAUUUAUCCUGAUAGUAUAACAUGCAAUGAGAUGCUUAUUAAACUUACUGCUAUCACCCUUUCCAGUGCCCUUUUAAGGCUGAUGCAGUGCCAUAAGAGGCUAACACAGGAGGGUAAAGAAAGUCUCCAUAAAACCCAGAGAAGAGAUUUUUAGAACUCUUCUCUGGAUCCUGUCUGGAGUCACAACUGAACCGGAAGAUUUUAAGUCUUAGCACUUACUAGUAUGUGUGUAGUUAAUACCAAAGUCAUUAAAUUUAAACUUGACCUUCAAUAAAUAAAUAAACUUACUGCGGUAAUUAUUUCAGUCUCUGUAAGAAUAUCAUGCUUUGCAAAUUAAACUCACAGUCAUGUAAGUCAGGUAUAUCUCAAACUGGAGGUGGGAGCGGAUAUGAUUUUAAAAGGCAAGUAAAACACUUGAGCAAAAAGAAUGCAACUUACAAGAUUUUUGUAAACAUUGCAUUUUUUAAAUGUAUUGCAGUGAUUAGUGACAGAAAUUACUGCAUGCCAUGGUGCGCCAGUCUCAGAUGCUAGGUUAUGUCCCUGAGGCUCUGGAACCAAGGCGUUGAGUUAGUCGUCCUGCCAGAAUGAGGAUUAUAGAAAGGGAAAAAGUAUUCUGUGAGAUGUCGGUGUGAAAUGGCCCACUCUUCAGUGGGAGACUUCCAUCACUCGUUCUAGUUUCGUAAUACAGAGGGGCAUGUCAGCUUCUUUUCCUUAAACUGUUCGGUUCAGUCGCUCAGUCGUGUCCGACUUUUUGUGACCCCAUGGACUGCAGCACGCCAGGCCUCCCUGCCCAUCACCAACUCCCGGAGUUUCCUCAAACUUGAGGAAAACUUGAGGUCCGUUGAGUCGGUGAUGCCGUCCAACCUCUGUCGUCCCAGUUGCUCAAGUGAAUUUUAAUUGCCUCACAGAAUCGGACACGACUGAGCAUCUUCACUGGCACAGCAACCACUCAGAGUCGCACUUUUCCAACCGCCGAAUUGCUUGCUCCUGGAGACCACAGCGUGCGAGCCACCUACUGGCAAAAGCAGGUUUUACUGGAACCAUUCUCCACUUGUUAGGAGGAGACAGAUUAGCUUCCCACCAAGGUAGCCUACACGGCUGUACGCUUUUACUCCCAAAGGUUCAAGACAGUAAGGUAACAGCACAUUCGGGGCUCCUGGGAGGCGCCGGGUCCCGCCUGCCCUCCCGGGUCUGGGUUCACGCGCGGCCCGCACCCGCCCUGAGGCCGACGCCCCGCCCAGCCUCGCCGGAGGCCCUGCCUCUAAGUCCGCGCGUGCGCAGUUGAUCACGGAAAGGGAAGCGCGGAGCGCCGAGUGAACGUUCGACCGCCGCGGGUUAAACGUCCGCCUUCCGUGUGAAUUCCUGCCGCGCCUCCAUCACGCACACCUCGGGGGCUUUGGAGUGACUAGAUACCUGACAUCUCAGCACCUGGCCCUUCCACCCCCAGGCAGAUGUCUUACUCAGUCCUGUAAAUACGUGGGCCAGAGGGCUCAGGAGAAGCAGAGGAUGAGCAACUGAGAAAAGCUGAAAAUGAGAAAAGGAUGAGGGAAAAUCCAUAGGGAUAGAGACUGGGCAAGGGACUUGUAAAAAGAGUGAAAUGAAAGCGAUUAAGCAUUGAAAAUAGCAGGUGAAUUAAGUAAAUUUUUUAAAAGUUGGAUCUCCAGGGACGGGAGAUGUCAAGUUAAAAAAAAUGCACAAUGUGAGGUUUGCAACUAAAGUUUUAUCUGGGGCAAAAUGAGGACUGCAGUCCAGGAAACAGCACUUCACAUAGCUCUGAGAAACUGCUGCAAAGAAGCAGGGGAAAGGUUUCUUGGAGGCCUGCUUGCUUUCUCCUCUUUCCCUUUGUACUGGAAAAGCUUUUUGGAAGAGGAGGAAACAGAACAGGAGUCAGAAAUGGCUGUUUCUCAGGCACAGUUGACCUUCAAGGAUGUGGCCAUAGAGUUCACUCAGGAGGAAUGGGAAUGCCUGGACCCUGCUCAGAGGGCCUUGUACAGGGACGUGAUGGUGGAGACCCUCAGGAACCUAGUCUCCUUGGAUAUCUCUCAUAUACUUGUGAUCAAGAAAUUACAACUAAAUGCAAAAACUGAUAGAGGAGAAGAAUUCCAAACAGUGAUAUUGGGAAGACACGAAAGGAAUAAAAUCAAAGAUUUUUACUUCAGGGAAAUCCAGGAAAAUAUAUAUGACUUUGAGUCUCAGCCAAGAGAUGAGGAAAGAAAUUACAAUGGAAAGCCUAUAACGCAUGACAAAAAUCUCACCGAUGAGAGAGAGGAACAUGGUGGAAGUAUUGCAGGAAUCAAGCCUAUUGAAAACAGGCUUGCAUUAAGCUUUUGGGAUGACCUUCAUGUUUAUAAAAGUGAAGAGAAGAUUGGUGAAUUUAAUCAAGCUGACAAGAGUAUUAGUAUUAGUGCCUCAUUUUCACUACUUCAAAGAAUUUCUCUCCUUGUCCAAACCAACAUUUCUAAUUCAUAUGGGAAUGAUUUCAUGCAUCCUUCAAUACUAACACAAGACCAGAGCACACAUAUGGAAAGCCCUUACAAAUGUAAUCAGAGUGGCAAAACCUUUCAUCAGGGCUUGAACCUUACCCAACAUCAGUUUAUCCAUACAGAAGAGAACAUGUUUAAUUGUGAUGUGUGUCGCAAAGUCUUUAGUCGACAUUCAGACCUUGCUAUUCAUCAGACAAUUCAUACUGCAGAGAAAUCUUACAAGUAUAACAAGUGUGGCAAAACCCUUUACCAUGGCCUGCACCUCACUGGACAUCAGAUAAUCCAUACAAAAGAGAACUUAUAUAAAUGUGAUAUAUGUGAAAAAGUGUUUACUCAAAGUUCAUAUCUUACAGUUCAUCAGAGAAUACAUACUGGAGAGAAACCAUACAAGUGUAAUGAAUGUGGCAAGGUGUUUAGUCAGAAUUCAUACCUUGCAAAACAUCGCAGAAUUCAUACUGGAGAGAAACCUUAUAAAUGUAAUGAGUGUGGCAAGGUCUUUCAUCACAAGGCCAACCUUGCAAGUCAUCAGAGACUUCAUACUGGAGAGAAACCUUAUAAGUGUAAUGAAUGUGGCAGAGCUUUUAGUCAGAAAGGAAACCUUGCAAGUCAUCAAAGAAUUCAUACUGGAGAGAAACCUUACCAGUGUAACGAGUGUGGUAAAAUGUUCAGUAUUAGAUCAACCCUCGUCAGUCAUCAAGUCAUUCAUACUGGAGAGAAACAUUACAAAUGUAAUGAGUGUGGCAAAACCUUUUAUUUUGGCUCACACCUCAAACAACAUAAAAUCAUCCAUUCAGGAGAUAAACCAUAUAAAUGUGACAUCUGUGGGAAAGUUUUUGGUCAAAAUUCAUACCUUGCAGUUCAUCGGAGAAUUCAUACUGGGGAAAAACCUUACGAAUGUAAAGACUGUGGCAAAAUCUUUAAUCAUAGCUCGAACUUCAAGAGACAUCAGAUAAUCCAUACAGGACAGAAAUUAUGUAAAUGUGAUAUAUGUGGCAGAGUCUUCAGUUUUAAUUCAUAUCUUGCAAGGCACCGAAGGACUCAUACUGGAGAGAAACCUUACAAAUGUAAUGAGUGUGGCAAGGUCUUCAAUAGGAAUUCAAGUCUUGCAAUUCAUCAGAGAAUUCAUACUGGAGUUAAACCUUACAAAUGUAAUGAGUGUGGCACCUGUUUUAGUCGAAAGGCGUACUUGGCAAAGCAUCAGAGUGUUCAUACAAAAGGGAAACCUUUCAAAAACAAAGACUGUUGAAAACCUUUUGUUAGAUCUCAACUAUCACUCCACACCAGGUAAUAUAUACAAAGGGGAAAUCAUUUAACAUGAUAUACGUGGGACUGUCUUCAUUCAUUCAAAAUUGACACUGUAUAUUCUUGAGAAAUUCAUAGUGGAGAGAAAUUUGCACAUGUCAUGAGAGUGGCAAAGCCUGCCAUUACAUAAUCUGUACUAGGCAGAAACUCUAGAAAUACGCUGAAUGUCUCAAAGUCUCCAGUCCACAUUGAUAACCUUAACAUGAACUGAAGUUUCAUUUUGGAGAGAAACCUGACAAGUAUUAUGAUGAGUUUCAGAAAUCCAUCAGUGUAUUUUGAAACCUACCUUUCCAUCAGGUAAUCCACAUUGAUGAUGAACAUUAAGGAUGUGUUUUAAUUUAUCAGGUGUUGCCAUCUUAGACUUCAUUGAAAAUAUCAUCCUGGAGAGAGAAAUCAGAUAAGUAUGUUUAGUUGACCAGCCAUUAGACAAGGAAUUCAUUCACCAAAGAUUUCUUUCUGGAGAUUAUUACCUCACAAAUGCCAGGAAUGGGCAAAACCUUUACUUAGGGCUCACAUUCUACCCAUCAUCAAAUAAUCUGUGCUGGAUAGAACAUUACAGAUGUAAUAAAUGGGGCAAGGUUCCAAAUUAGUGCUCACUCAUGACUUAAUAUUGGAAUAUUUAUCCUAGAGAGAAACCAUACAAAUAUAAUAUGUGUGGCAAGGAUUUUAUCCAAAGAUAAGAUGGGAGAGUUACUGGAGUCCCUUAAAUGCAACAAGUGUGGCAAAAUCUUUACCUUGAGUUCAAGUAUGAGGCAACAAUGGAGGGUCCAUUGAAAAGAAACCCUACAGACAUAUGAGCAAAAGCUUUAUCCUAACUGCACAAUUCACCAGACUUCUCACAUGUGUCUUUUGAGGGAAACCACACAAACUAAUAUGUGCUAAGGCUUGUACCUGAAGAUGAAACCUCUGAAACAUAGAGGAUUUAGUUUGGAAAGCAGCGUUUCACAUGUAAUAAAUGUAAAAAGUUUUUGUCAAGUAGCUCCAGUUUUGAUGUAAUGAUAGAAUUCAUACAGGUUAGAAACAAUAGCAAUUUACUGAAUGUGGAAAGAAUUUGAUGAAAUGAUGCAUCCUGAGAUUUCAUCACAAAGCUCAUGCUAUUGGGGAUAAUCCUUAACAAAUAUAAUGAAUUUGGUGAAUUUUUUGCACAAUUCUUAAAUUAGCCUACAUAUCAGAGAAUCCAUAAUAGGAAUAAGUUAAGGCUUUAGUUCUCCCAAGAGUAAUGUGAGAUUGUUACGCACUUCAGAGUCAUUAGAAGUCACAGAAUGUUAAAGCUUAGGAAAUGAUGUGUAUAUGACAUACAGAAGAACAUACGUGUAAAUGGCCAAGUAUCUAAGUGUGUAAAUGUUCUAUUGAGCUUUCUUGAACUCCACAUUACUAUUUAUGCUUUUCAACCUUAAUUUUGAAGUCUGUUGAUCUUACACCUUCAUUACAGGCCUUUGAUGAUGGUCUCUGGGAAGGAGUCAGUAAGGUGAAGGAGCUGGCUUCAUUAGGUGUGGUUCAUUCACAUCCAUGUUCCCUGGAAAAACAAGGACCCUGAAUUACCAAAUUCAGCAUCAGGAAGGGCUCUAGAGAAUAGUGUAAAAUUGCUGUUGCUCAUUGUGCUUGUUAUAUUCAUGGUCCAUGGAUUGAUCACAGUGGACAGAAUCCUCUACUAGGUAACUGUGAGCAAAGCAGUAAGGAUAUUAAGGGGCUUGACUAUUCAUGAGAGGAGAGGGACAUUUACUAGGGAUGGAUUAUGUCGUAGGAACAGUGCCCAGAAAAAGUUGGUUGUUUUCUCCAUCGCAUGGGAAUAAGUGUUAUUUACAUCUGUGUGUUUUGUUUUGGCCACGUCAUGUGGCAUGCAUGAUCUCAGUUCCCUGGCCAGGAAUCAAGCCAGUGCCGCCUAGAGUGGGCACAUACAAUCUUAGCUACUGGACUGGCAAGGAAGUCCCUACAUCUGUGUUUAAUGAGAAAUUAGUCUUAUUCUUAGGAAUUGAAGGGAGAACAGUUUAUGUGAGAGGAAAAUUUAAUUACUGGGUGAGGCUUGUUGGAGGUGAAGCUUACAGUUUGAACUUCCAGUUUGUCUCAAAGGAAGGCGUCCUCAGGCUUUAAAAAAAAAAAAAAAGUUUGUCCAGAUAGGCUGAAAAAGAAGAGGUUUUUCCUGAGCAUUAAAAGGUUUCAAUAAUCAAAUAGCAAAAAAAGGAGUUGGGAAUUCCUUGGCGGUUCAGUUGUUAGGACUCAGUACUUUCACUGCCAAGCUCACAGGUUCAGUUCGUGGUCAGGAAACUAAGAUCCUGUAAUCCCAGAAAAAAAUUUUUUAAUGGAGUCAGACUUCAUAAAACACUGAGACAGAGCCCUCUUGCCUAUCAACUUACGUCCCUCACAAGCGUAUACUUCUUGCCCGUCACUUUGCUUCUUGCUGAAUUCCUUCUGUGCUGAGACGCAAAGAACCUGAGCCUUAGUAAGUCCAGGCUCCAGAUACUGAAACCCCCACCAGGUGGGAGACACUAAGCCUGCUGCCCGCCAGCAUGUAGAACCCAGAGCAGUUGGAGCCAGGUUUAUGAGGCUGACUGCCACUUACCUCACCACCAGCCAAUCAAAGAAGAGUUCACGACCUGACCACACCCACUUUGAGCCAUUACUAUAAAACUCUUUGAGCCAUUACUAUAAAACUCCUCACUACCCCCUCUUGUUUGAGACACACAGUUUUGAGGGCAUUAGCCCACUGUGGCCCGUUCGCUUGGCAAAGCAAUAAAGCUAUUCUUUUCUACUUCAUUCAAAAAGAAGGGGAAAAG